CACCCUAUACUCUCUCUUAAAGAUCCCUUUGUCUACAAACGCCUCUUUAACUUGUUUGGAAAACGGUUCCUUGGAACCGGGUUAGUGACGGCUAUGGACCAUGACGUCUGGUACAGGCAGCGUCGCAUCAUUGAUCCAGCUUUUAGCAGCACAUACUUACGAUGCUUGAUGGGCACUUUUAAUGAGAUGUCUGAGCGCCUAAUGGACCAUCUGGAGGAAAUAGCCAACACAAAAACACCUACCAUCAUGCAUGACCUGGUCAACUGUGUCACACUCGACGUCAUUUGCAAGGCGUCGUUUGGUGCUGAUUUAAAUUUGUUCAAGCAAACUGACACCCCCUUCCAGAAGGCAAUAGAUCAGUGUUUAAAGGGCAUGGUAUUCUGUCUCAGAGACCCAUUUUUUACACUUUUUCCAAGGAAUUUGAAGACUGUACAACAAACUAAAGAUGCAACUGAACUCCUGCGUAAAACGGGAGAGAAAUGGAUACAAAAAAGGAAGACAGCAAUAGAAAAUGGAGAAGACGUCCCCAAAGACAUUCUCACACAAAUUCUCAAAACAGCAGAGGAGGAAAACGUUAAUAACACAAAAGAUCAUGAGCAGAUGUUGGACAAUUUUGUGACUUUCUUCAUUGCUGGGCAAGAGACAACAUCCAAUCAGCUCUCAUUUGCAAUCAUGGAAUUAGGGAGACAUCCUGAGAUAUAUAAACGGGCUAAAGCAGAGGUGGAUGAAAUCCUUGGGACGAAAAGAGACAUUUCAUAUGAAGAUCUUGGAAAAUUCACCUACUUAUCGCAGGUGUUAAAGGAAAUGCUGCGUCUGUACCCAACUGCUCCAGGAAUCAGUCGUUGGCUACAUGAGGACAUGGUUAUAAAUGGGCUGAAAAUCCCAGGGGGCUGUGCUGUUAUUUUCAAUUUUUAUGUUUCCCAAAGACUGGAAAAGUUUUUUAAAGAUCCAUUGAAGUUUGAGCCAGAGAGAUUUAAUGUGAAUGCCCCAAAGCCUUAUUACUGCUACUAUCCAUUUGCACUUUGUCCACGAACCUGUCUGGGGCAGGUCUUCUCACAGAUGGAGGCAAAAGUCGUGCUUGCCAAACUGCUUCAGAGAUUUGAGUUCAGUCUGGUUUCUGGACAGUCUUUCGAUAUUAAAGACACGGGAUCUCUACGGCCCAAGAGCGGAGUGAUCUGCUACAUUAAACACUGCUCAUAGGACAUGUUUAAGGCCCUUGUUUUGUGCCAACUGUGAAUACAUCACCUUCAAACAUUAACCUGAGCACAGAAGUUUUAACAUGCUAAUCAUUUAUGGUACAUCUGCACUUUUAAUUUAAUUCAGUUUUAUCGUAGUCCUUCAUUAUGGUGAUUUAAGGUUUUU